AAAUUUUCCCAACCAAAAAUGUUCCGAUCAAUGAUUGUUCGAUCUGCUUCCCCAGUGAAGCAGGGUCUUCUCCGCAGAGGAUUGGCCUCUGAAUCUGUUCCCGAUCGCAAAGUCGUCAUCCUCGGUGCCGCCGGUGGGAUCGGCCAGCCACUUUCUCUCCUCAUGAAGCUUAACCCUCUCGUCUCAUCUCUCUCCCUCUAUGAUAUCGCCAACACUCCCGGCGUUGCCGCUGACGUUGGCCACAUCAAUACCCGAUCUCAGGUAUCUGGAUACAUGGGUGAUGAUAAUUUGGGGAAAGCUCUAGAAGGAGCUGACCUCGUCAUUAUUCCAGCUGGUGUACCGAGGAAGCCUGGCAUGACCCGUGAUGAUCUUUUCAACAUUAAUGCUGGCAUUGUCAAGAAUCUCAGCAUCGCCAUCGCCAAGUACUGCCCUCAAGCGCUUGUCAACAUGAUCAGCAACCCUGUGAACUCCACUGUUCCUAUUGCAGCUGAGAUUUUUAAGAAGGCUGGUACCUACGAUGAGAAGAAAUUGUUCGGUGUUACCACUCUUGACGUUGUCAGGGCCAAGACUUUCUAUGCUGGAAAAUCAAAUCUCAAUGUUGCAGAGGUUAAUGUUCCAGUUGUUGGUGGUCAUGCUGGCAUUACGAUUCUUCCUCUCUUUUCUCAGGCUAGCCCUCAAGCCAACUUGUCGGAUGAUUUAAUCAAGGCCCUCACAAAGCGUACCCAGGACGGAGGGACAGAAGUCGUGGAGGCAAAAGCUGGAAAGGGUUCAGCUACAUUGUCAAUGGCUUAUGCGGGAGCACUCUUUGCUGAUGCAUGCUUGAAGGGACUCAACGGUGUUCCAGAUGUGGUGGAAUGCUCAUUCGUCCAAUCUACCAUCACCGAGCUUCCUUUCUUCGCCUCAAAGGUAAGACUUGGGAAGAACGGAGUGGAGGAAGUGCUAGAUCUUGGGCCACUCUCAGACUUUGAAAAGGAAGGCUUAGAAGCCCUCAAGGCAGAACUCAAAGCCUCUAUCGAGAAGGGAAUCAAAUUUGCUAACCAAUGAGUUUUUUUUGCUUCUUGAAACUAUUGAUUUUGGACUAAACUUUUAGGUUUUAAUGUUGUCUUUCCAAUUUUCUGGUAGAGUUGUCUUCUUCCUCUGCGGAUUUUCGAAAAUCCCUUCAAUAAAUUCUCCAUUUCUGCUUGAGGAACCAUUGGGGACUCUGUAAUAAGAAAAAAAACAAGCUGUUGUGCUAUGUUGGUUAUGAUUCUUUUUCGUUUUGGAAAUGAAAUGUGUGCUCUUAUUGUUUUCUUAACAAAGAAUAAAAAUUUUAAUCGUUG